CGGGUGAGUCCGAGCCUGCGAAAGUUCCGCCGUCGACUUUGUAUAGCUCGCAGGCCUCCUCAAGGUUCGCACGUUGUGAUUUGCAUCAGACCACCGUACACGGUGUUGCAUCUUGGACCGUCGUCGAGCUCUUCUAGGUCAACCGAGAAGACAAGGCGGUAUCAGGUGUCCGGCUGGUUCCGCCCCCAGCGCGGGGGCGCACUCGGUGCCCGAUGAGACCGUUUUCGAGUCAUUUCAGGCUGCCAGGUUGUGCGAGGGCCGACUGGUCUUAUAGAGGAAACGGUCAAGGGACGAGACAUCUGAAACAACAGUGCGCCGCGCUCGCUCGGAUGGCAUGGCGGAGGCCCCGGCUGUGGGCGGAUGGACAUGGACCGAUAGGGACGUACAGCGGGGCUGUGAAGACUUCGACGAGCGCAAGGCGCUUCUUGGCCUGGACCAACAACCACAUUGUCCUGGACCUUGUCCCGCAUGCCUAUAUAACAUCGCUCCCUCCCACCGACUCUCGUUCGUUAACGACCCUUCACUCCCCGACUAUGAGUGUCAUCUGCGAAAGCAGCCCGUCUACGCUCAAGCCUCUCUACCGCCCACAGCUCGAGCCUCUCUCACCUCGCGGGCCCAUCUCUAAACCCUCCAAUGUCCUUCGCGACCGGCCACGGCCGAUACCCAACUCCUAUUGGGCCACCCCCUUCCUCGUGGCGUGCGAGUUCCCGUACUGCCCGCUCACGCCCGCCGACACGGCGCGCAAGAGGACGAAGCAGAAGCUCGACGCGCUCCUCGCCGCCGGCGUGCGCACCUUCAUCGACCUCACCGAGCCGCACGAGCUCUUCCCGUACUCCCCGCACCUCGCCGAGCGCUGCGUCCCGCUCAACAUCGACCCGCGCGAGGUCGCGUACCACAACUUCCCCAUCCGCGACCGCAGCCUGCCCGACAGCGUCGACCUCGUCCGUCGCAUCCUCGCCGUGCUCCGCGACAACGAGCGCCGCGGGCGCAUCUGCGCCGUCCACUGCCGCGGCGGCAUCGGCCGCACCGGCCUCGUCGUCGGCUGCUGGCUCGUCGAGUCCGGCGUCGCACGCGACGGCGCCCACGCCCUGCAGCUCAUCGCCGAGGAGUGGAAGCUCGUCGAAAAGUGCAAGCGCUUCCCGUGCAGCCCCGAGACGGGCCCGCAGUUCGAGUAUGUCAGGGCCUUCCAGAGGCAGCUGUCGUCUGCUGUCGGUGCCAUAGCUACAGCUCGGUCAUGACACAGUUGAAAAAAAAAAGUUCAGUCACACGACCAGUUACAGUUGCUUCGCAGCGCCGCUGCAACACCCUAGACACGACCCCAGCAUGGACUCGCAAAUCGGGUCGUUCCCGUUCUCAGCAAUGCCUCAUACAUAUCUAACUUAUUAGCUUUUCAUUUCAUGAUCUUAUCCCUCAUGUUCUAUAGCAUUGCCACACAUAUUGCUGACUUCUUUCUUCUGUCUUUCCAUAGAUGUAGCACCACAGCGUCCAUCAUCGUCCUUCAUGUACAUAUAUCAGUAGUUGGCUUCACUUGACACGCAGCAGCAAUGAACGUUAGAUCUAAAGCG